CUCCUAACUGCUCCUUCUUGAACAGCUUAGCAAUGGCAGAAACAGAACCUGAAGCCGCCGCCACCGAAGCUGUGGUAGAGGCCGAGAAAGAUGACACAUCGGCGGCUCAGGACAUGGAUGUUGAAGCUGAAGCCGCCGAUGAUACUACGGAAGAGAAUGGAGGAUCGAAGCGUGCAAGGGAGGAGGAAAACGAUGAAGAGGCCACAAAGAAGCUGAAGGUGGACAAGUCUGUGGAAGAAGAAAGACUUGAGAAUUUAGAAGAAGAAAAGAAAGACGUCGGGUCGGGGUGUCCGGUUAGUGUGGGUCCUAAGAACUUUGGGUCGUCUGUGGAGAUGUUUGAUUACUUUCAUAAGCUUCUUCAUUCUUGGUCUCCCAAUCUCAACCUCAACAAGUACGAGCACAUUGUUUUGCUUGACUUGCUCAAGAAAGGUCAUUUAGAGCCAGAGAGAAAGAUUGGUACAGGGAUUCGCGCAUUCCAAAUCCGGUUUCAUCCUCAGUUUAAAAGUCGCUGCUUCUUUGUCAUUAGGGAGGAUGGUUCUGUGGAUGAUUUUAGCUUCAGGAAAUGUGUUGAUCACAUUCUGCCUCUCCCAGAGAACAUGCAAGUAAAACAUGAAGCUAACAAAGAUUUGGCUCGUGGUGGAAAAGGUGGUGGCGGUGGAGGGAAAGGAGGUGGACAGGGGCGUGGCCGUGGGAGAGGAGGGAAGCCAAGAUAUUGAAGACAGCUGCAUGUUUGUUAGAAUUGACUGCCAAUUGUUCUGUAUGUUAACCGCUGUUUAGUCCACAUUUUGCUCAAUACAGCUCCCGCAGUUUGUGACAUAAUGAUAUAUUGCUAGUGAAGUUACUUAACUAUAGGGGGUGCAUAAUUCAGCAUUUUUGUUUGGCAUCAACUAGUAUAAUCUUAUUUUAAUCUGCGUUAAAUUGAUGGAGUGUAUGAAUGCACCAGAUGAACCUAUCAUAAUAGAAUGUGUUAA